CAUUAACCCACAUCGUUCUCUGAAAAGCCCAAGGACGAGCCUUCCCCUCUCCACCGGCUUCCGGACUCGACCUCCUUCCCGAAGCCCUAAACCUACCCUAGCCUCCGCCGCCGGCCAUGUGGCGGUGCCGGCCGUUCCUCCCGCGGGCCUUCUCGCCCUUCUCCGCCUCCUCCUCCGCGGCCGCCCUCCGCCCCUCCCGCUCCUACGGUUUGAUCCCGAUGGUGAUCGAGCACACCUCCCGCGGCGAGCGAGCGUACGACAUCUUCUCCCGUCUCCUCAAGGAGCGCAUCGUGUGCAUCAACGGCGCCGUCUCCGAUGACACCGCCUCCGUGGUCGUUGCGCAGCUCCUCUUCCUCGAGUCUGAGAACCCCUCGAAGCCGGUCCAUAUCUACAUCAAUUCACCAGGCGGCGCCGUCACUGCCGGCCUCGCCAUCUAUGACACGAUCCAGUACAUCCGAUCCCCCGUCACCACCCUCUGCAUCGGCCAGGCCGCCUCCAUGGGCUCCCUCCUACUGGCCGCCGGCGCCCCCGGCGAGCGCCGCGCCCUCCCAAACGCCCGCGUCAUGAUCCACCAGCCCUCCGGCGGCGCCUCCGGCCAAGCCACCGACAUCGCCAUCCACGCCAAGGAGAUCCUCAAGGUCCGUGAACGCCUAAACGCCAUCUACGCCAAGCACACCGGCCAACCCAUCCAGCGCAUUGAGCAGUCCAUGGAGCGGGACAUGUUCAUGUCCCCUGAGGAGGCCAAGGAGUUCGGCCUUGUCGACGAGGUUAUCGAGCACCGCCCCCUCUCUUUGGUCACCGAUGCAGUCAGCAGUGACACCGGAAGCGGUGGCGAAACUGGAAGCGGUGGCAACACCGGCGGUGGAGGCAGCGGCGGGAGUAAAGGCAAGGAUGAGGGUUCAGGAUGAUUCGGUGGAAAUUGUCCAUUUUGAUGAUGACUUUGCGUGCGUUGGGUGAAGCAGGUACGAGGGCAGGUGUGCAUUGGAUCGGUACAGAAGCAACCUAGUGGUGCACAGCUGCAUUCAUCGCAAAGAGCAAGGUUUUCAUGUUAGCCAAAAUACUGCAAUCACUAUCUGGCAUCUACUGAUAUAUUGUUAUUGAAAUCUCUAUCCUUAUUA